GUCGGCUGGAGGUUGCGUGUAAUCCAGACGGUGAGGAGUUAGGGAGGAGGGUCUCUCUUUCUCACCGGUGCUGCUGUCUGCCAAAGGGCUAUGGAUGCUAGUCAGCUGCCUACCGUGGUCAUGGAGGCCAGUGGAGACGAGGAGGGAGAGGCUCACAGAGUGAAAAAUGAGUGCAUGAGGCUUACUGAAGAGAGAGAUGAGGCUGAAAGGCAGCUGAAGCACAUUAAAAGAGUUUCCCAAAUGGUGAUUGAGGAGGUGAGCGUGCUGCAGACGCAGCUGGAGAUUGAGAAGUCAUGUCGGGAGAAUGCUGAGGCACUGGCUACCAAGCUGAACUGUGAGAACAGGAAGCUGAAGUAUCUGAGCCUGUCGUCUCGGCCGUGUCUGGACGAGCUGCUGCCCAGUAUCUCUGACUGCAUCUCACUGGAGGAGGAGGCCGAGCCGCAGGAUCACAGCCCAGACCCCUACGCCCAGUACCAACAGCAGGUCAAAGAUCUUCAGGAAACAGUGAACACUUUGCUGGAGGAAAAAAAGCAGUUCGCCUGUCAGUUACAGGAGCAGCAGAGGCAGAUCGAGGAACUGACAGCACUUACUGAAAAAGAGCAAGCAGAGAUGAAGGAGCUUCACAAUACCAUUGAGCAACAUACCAAGACCAUCAAGAGAUUCAACAGAGUGUCCAUGAUGGCUGCUCAUGAAUACGAGGGGCUAAAGGAGCAGCUGGAUCUGGAGCAGAACCUGAGGCAAAAAGCAGAGACCUAUGCACAUGAGAUGCUGGUGAAGCAAAAAGAGGCAAACAGGCAGAGCAUGAUUCUCCUGCAGCAGGCAGACCCCAGUGUUCAGCUGCUCAAGGCUUUGGAGGAUGUGGCUAAUGUAACCAAAACACUGGAACAGGAACGGCUGCAGCACCAAGAGAAGGUAAAGGCUCUGGAGGCUGAGCUUGAUCAGUGUGCCUUGCGGAAGCAACUAGCACAGCUGCAGAAACAGCUGGAGUUGCUGGAGGAGGAGAAAAAAGAGACGGAGGAGCGCCUGCAGGAGGAGUUGAAGAAGUGCAGCAACUUGGAAAGCAGAGUGAAAGAGCUGCAGGAGUCUCAGAGGAGCUGUGUUUCAGCCUCGGGUCCGUCUCCUGGGACCGCACCUCCCCCUGCACCUCCUCCCCAGCCUCCUCCACCUCCCCCACCCCCUCCUCCCCCUCCUCCCCCACCCCCUCCCUCUCGCUGCAACCCCCUCAGUUCCCUCAUCGCAAUCAUGAGGAAAUCCUCCAAGGGUGGAAAAGGCUCCCCAAAAUUAGAGCAGGCUCCAGUGAAUGAAGCUGUGGACGAUGUCAAAGUGAAGGCUGUCAAUGAAAUGAUGGAGAGGAUCAAACAUGGGGUGGUGCUCAGGCCUGUGAAAGGACAGGAUACAAAGAGAUUUGGCACAAAGCCGCAAAAUCCAGCCACUGAGGAGAAACACCAGGAGAGCGCGAUGGAGGAGCUGAAAGGCAUCCUGGACCCAGUGAAAAAGAGCCCCAGUCGUGGAUUCCAGGAAACAUUACCUGUUAAAAAGGACAGUGAACUGGAAGUGAUUCUGAGGAGGAGACGCAAGCAGGCCUGUGAUCCAGCUGCAGCAGAUGAGAUGGAUGGUCAGAUCAGCAAGGUCUCUUCAUCUGAUAGCCUGAACGGUCGGCAUAGUUCUGACUCGGGUAAAGACACAGAUGGGCCGGGCAGCAGUUCCCUCUCGGGCAGUGAGGCUGGCUCCAGGAGCAGCUCAGACUCAGGCAAAGAAACAGCCACAGCCCGCAGGAGCUCAGACUCAGGCACAGAGCCUAGUGGAACCAAACAGAGAGCUGCUGUCCACAGGUCUCUCUCUGAGAAAGGGCCUUCCGAACUGGUUACCCUCAAGUCCUGCACUAGAGAACAGAACAAUGAAGAACAAGAGAAGAGUGAGCAGCCUAAUGGGAUCAGCCACCCCGCACAGAACGAGGACCUGCAGGCUGCUCUCAGCUCCUCGGCAGACGGCCCUAACGAAGCAAAUGGCAGCAUGGAUGCUGAGUGUUAACAGAAAGCAGCACUAGCAGGACAGCUGCAGUAUUUGCACAGAAUCUUGUUUUGGUUUUUCACUUUCUUUAUUCCAAAUUCCACAAAUGUACUUGGAAAAUAUUCAGUUCUAGGUAUUCAGUACAAAAGCGUCUGAUGCUGUGGGUUUGUAUCCACUCAUGGAACACUCAGUAUUUAACAUUUUCUUUAGAAGCAUCCUGCAUCUUGAGAACUUAAAGAGAACCCACUCCAUUCUUGUUUUAAAAAUGAACAAUUGAUCCUAUGUGAAUAGUCUGUUUGAAACUGGGUCCGGCCAAAGUGAGUACAAUGAACUUUAAAAAACUCCUGAGAUACAAAAUGCAGCGUAUGAAAUGCAUUGCUGACACUAUCUUUCCAAAGGAAACAUUCAUACUCAGAUUUACCAUUCAGUAGGAUUUUUGAUUAGAAACAUUUCAUAACACUGGUCUUCUCUCCAUUUGAGUAGCUACAUAUGACUCCUUUACUGGGGGUUACAGUAAUGAUUUUAAAUUACUUUACCACAACCUUAUCUUUACACUCUCCAACAUUUCUAUUAGUGCUGAAUGAUAAGGCCUAAAAAUUACAUCACAAGAUGAUCUUUAUCACAGCAUGUGCUAUACGGUGAAAAAAGAUCUAGCAACACAAGAAAUUCGCAGAACACAUGAUAUCGACACUAUGUUUUUGCUGUUGAGAGGUUUUAGCCUGCUAUUUUAGUCCAAUUACCACAAAACCUCAAGUUGGU